GCGACGUCACGCCGCCGACGCUGGGUCCAGGGUGAGCCCCGGCGGCUCCGGAGGGACCCGCGGCCGGACCCCCCCCCCCCCCGCCCCCCGCGGUCUGGACCAGGAAGGCGGCUGACCGGAGGCCCUCACCGCAUCCGACGGGGAGCUGGUAUCAUGGCCAAAGAUGCCGGGCUAAUAGAAGCCAACGGAGAACUCAAGGUGUUUAUUGACCAGAACCUGAGCCCUGGGAAAGCUCACAGGUGUGCCGUUGCAGGUGUGGUGUCUCUGGUCGCCGUGCACCCGUCCACUGUGAACACCCUUGGGAAGCAGCUCCUGCCCAAAACCUUCGGACAUUCCAAUGUCAACAUAGCCCAGCAAGUGGUGAUCGGCACGCCACAGCGGCCGGCCGCGGCCAGCUCGGUGGUGGUGAGCAGCCCUCACACGCCCAACACUCAUUUCGUCUCCCAGAACCAGCCGUCGGAGCCGUCUCCCUGGUCAGCCGGGAAGCGCGGCCGCAAGGGCGAGAAGAACGGUAAGGGGCUGCGGCAUUUCUCCAUGAAGGUCUGUGAGAAGGUGCAGCGCAAAGGCACCACCUCCUACAACGAAGUGGCCGACGAGCUGGUGGCCGAGUUCAGCGCCGGGGACACACACCUGCUGCCCAGCGAGUCGGCCUACGACCAGAAGAACAUUAGACGCCGGGUGUACGAUGCCCUCAACGUGCUCAUGGCCAUGAACAUCAUCUCCAAGGAGAAGAAGGAAAUUAAAUGGAUUGGGCUGCCCACCAACUCGGCCCAGGAAUGCCAGAACCUCGAGGUGGAGCGGCAGAGGAGGCUGGAGAGGAUAAAGCAGAAACAGUCCCAACUUCAGGAGCUCAUCCUGCAGCAAAUCGCGUUCAAGAACCUGGUGCAGAGGAACCGGCAGGCUGAGCAGCAGGCGGGCCGCCCGCCGCCCCCAAACUCCGUCAUCCACCUGCCCUUCAUUAUCGUCAACACCAGCAAGAAGACCGUCAUCGACUGCAGCAUCUCCAACGACAAGUUCGAGUACCUGUUCAACUUUGACAACACGUUUGAGAUCCACGAUGACAUCGAGGUGCUGAAGCGCAUGGGCCUGGCCUGCGGGCUGGACUCGGGCAGCUGCUCGGCUGAAGAUCUGAGGACGGCCCGCAGCCUGGUGCCCAAGGCGCUGGAGCCCUACGUCACAGAAAUGGCUCAGGGGACCAUCGGCGGCGUUUUCCUGGCAUCCACCAUUUCAGGCUCUAACGGCACGAGGCUCUCGGCCAGUGACCUAACCAACGGAGGGGACGGGAUGCUGGCCACCAGCUCCAGCGGGUCCCAGUACAGCGGGUCUCGGGUGGAGACGCCCGUGUCGUGCGUGGGGGACGAGGACGAGGACGACGAGGACUUUGAGAACGAGGAGGAGGACUGACACGCCUGCCCGGCUCCUGCGUGGCCCUGGCACUGCACUGCGGCCCUGCUGCCUGGCCCCGCCACUCAGGGCGAUUCUGUGUUUGUGUUCCCUGCUUUUUGAGAGAUGGCUUGUCCCCGUCCAUCCCCGCUCCUGUUGGCCUGAGGACGCCGCGGCCCCUGCGCCCACGGCCCGUCCCUCUCACAGUGCCCGGGCUGGUGGGCACCCCCAGUAGCGUCGCGGCCCCUCCCCACCCCGGCCCUGUGCCCUUCUGGGAGUCUGGUUGGAGCCGCUGGCGGGCGCGGUCACAUAGCUGUUUACAGAGGCGUCUGAGGACGCAACGGAGCAGUCGCAUCUGUUCUGACGGUAUCUUCUGUGAUCUAUUAUAAAGUUGAGAUUAAAUAUAGAGAAUGUUUUAACAGUUUUUUAACUCAGAAUUUGUCGAUCAUUUUUAAUAGUUCCUUUUUAUAAAGAAAAGGCAUCUGAGGACAGUCGCCUGUUUUAAAACUAUUGGCGAGGAACCAUGACGCAUGGCUGGACUGCCUGUUGAGAAGCAAGUCUUUUUAUUGAAACACAAAUAAACUUUUUCUGUAAUAUUUUAUGGAAUAUAAAGAGACUUUAAUCGUCUGACUUGUUUAACUCAACACUGUUAGUUUUUAUUAAUAAAACGCGCAUGAGCAUUUUAAA